UGAUGCUGGGUGUAAGCAUCUAUCUGCUCAUGACGACCUGCUUCCUGCAGCUCGGGUCAUUUCAUGUCAGUUUGCCUCACUUUAGCUUUUGAUCAAAGCCUGAACCUUUGAUCAGUGGUUGGGACCAAGAAUCAAUUUUUAUAUUUGUUUCUUGUCUCUCUUGUGCUUUUCGUCUCCUUACCUUGUUUUUAAUAAUUUUCAGAUGUUUAUUUUGAUUUAAUCUUUCUUUCUCCAAAUCUUCAUGUUUAUGUUUUGACUGUGCUGAAGCCUGUUAUCAUUUCCACCAUCGUUUAUUGAAUGUUAUUCAUUUCUGUAAAUUCAUUCCCUAUCUUGUCUUGUACAUUGAAUUGGUGAAUUAAAAAAAAAAAAGCUAAAAGUCAAGUGUGCAGAAAUCACCUGAUGAAAACCGGAAGUUGCCCGGAAUUUGUCACACUUUUUUUUUGUCUCAGAAAACACAUUUUGAAUUAUGUGUAAUUUUGAAUUGAUGGAAACGAAAAUGUAGCCUUUAUAUUUUAGCUGUGUUUUUAUUUUUUAUAUCUCCCUCCUCAGCCACAUGUUGGCUUUGAAUAUCAUAAGCUCUGAUAAGUAAAGUGUUGACGGAACAGUUGCUGUAAUUUAACACAUUACGCUUUUUUAAGAUUUGUUUAUUUUCUCUCCUUUGCUUCUCAUCUCCUUACCUUGUUUUUAUUAAUUUCCCGAUAUUUAUUUUGUUUUAAUUUUAAUAAACCUCAAUGACAAAGGUUUAUUUUGAAAGAAUGACCGGAUAUAGCACUUAUUAUCCACUCCCGCACGUUUGACAUGUGACAAAAGCAGCUGUGAGCUCCUCGGAGCCCGCACAUCCAGCAGCAGCACCGGGAAUAACCGGGCUGACCCCCCCAGAGAAACAGUUUUAUUAUUCCUUAUUAAAAAAGCAGCUUCCGGUUCAUCAGCCUGUGUCUCCAGAUCCCAGAUCUAUUCCUGGAGAGAAACAUGGGAGAUUUGGAGAAAGUGUCUUCAUGUUACCACAGGUGCUCAGCCCUGUGUGACUCCUUGGUGAAGUGGAGCGGGAGGUGCGGGCGCGCACUUGGACUUGCUCCUCGUGUCUGUGCGUGAGAUGAAACCGGUCUACAAUGACUGUGGCUGUACAUUAACUAUGGACGCGCGUAUUCUGGAGUCCAACUCCAGCGGCAACUUGACUCCCGCGGUGUCCGAGGUUGGGACCGUCCUCCCGGGCUACCUGGUGGUGAUCUUAUCGGUGCUGAUGGUGACUCUGGUUGUCGUGGUGGUUGCCGGGAACGCGCUGGUCAUCACAGCUUUUAUUGUGGAUAAAACCCUGAGGAAUCAGAGCAACUACUUCUUUCUGAACCUUGCCAUAUCUGAUUUUCUCGUGGGUGCCUUCUGCAUCCCAGUGUACAUCCCAUACAACCUGACAGGCAGGUGGAUGCUGGGUAAGGGGCUCUGCAAGGUGUGGCUGGUCGUGGACUACCUGCUCUGCACCGCCUCAGUCUUCAACAUCGUCCUCAUUAGUUAUGACCGCUUCCUGUCAGUCACAAGGGCUGUUAAAUACAGAGCGCAGAGAAACAUGACCCGCCAGGCCGUGUUCAAGAUGGUGGCAGUGUGGGUGUUGGCCUUCCUCCUCUACGGCCCUGCCAUCAUCUUCUGGGAGGAAAUCGUCGGCCAGAGCAUCGUCCCGGCCCACGAGUGCUACGCUGAGUUUUACUACACCUGGUACUUCCUGCUCAGCGCCUCCACCUUCGAGUUCUUCACCCCGUUCGUGACGGUGGCCUUCUUCAACCUCAGCAUUUACCUGAACAUCCACCGCAGGAACAAGAGCAGCGGCGCCUGCGGCGAGGACGAGGCCAAGGCUCAGAGUAACAGUAAGAGGCACAAAGACGGAGGAGCCUGGUCCGUGUUUUUUGUCAAAACGAGGAAGGUGUCGUCCAGCGAGCCGACUGCUAUCUCUGCGGUUAUCGAGGACGACGACGUCCUGUCCCCCUCCUCCAGCGGGGACCCAAACACCAGUCAGAUAUUCAUGCAGAGGGAGAAGUUGUCUCCUAACAGAAAACACUCCAGGCUGUUCCAGCACACGGCGUCCUGCAUGGCGCCUGGCCGCAGGACGCACGGAUCACGCCUCUCCCGAGACAAAAAGAUUGCCAAAUCUUUGGCCAUUAUCGUCUGCACUUUUGGGAUCUGCUGGGCUCCUUACACUCUGCUAAUGAUUAUCCGUGCGGCUUGCAGCGGUACAUGUGUGGCAAACCACUGGUACGAGAUCACAUUCUGGCUCCUGUGGCUGAACUCUGCCAUCAACCCGUUCUUGUACCCGCUGUGCCACAGCAGCUUUCGAAGGGCUUUCUCAAAGAUACUGUGUCCUAAGAGACAAUCGGUGCAGCCUCAGAUGGAGGCGCUGUCCUGUUAGACGCACUCUGUUGCACUAACACGCUUUAUCAAUGCAGUAACUGUUGUUGGUCAAACAUUGUAAAAAUCCAUAUACUGUUCUUCUAUCAACAACAACAAAAGGCCGAUGUUUGUAAGAGAGUUGUCGCUGCGCGUGUGACGGCAGAACGCCAACACCACAUGGUCAUGAACAGUGUGCCAGAGAAGGAAACUGUAGCUGUGAUGUGGUUAAAGGGACAGUCCAGGUCAUUGGACGUGGGGUUGUGAGGUGUUCACCUGAAGUCAGUGUGUAGGAGAUUCAGAUCAGUGUGCUGCCAGUUUAGCACAGCACCAGGGUCAGCAGGAAAACCUGUUUUAAACUAAUACCAGUUGAAGUCUAUGCUUUAUUUUGAAAAUCCUUCACAGUUUUAUCUUUCCGUCAAACAGCCCUUUACUUUGGAAUUACAGUUUGUGAACCCUUGCACAGGCGCAACCUCGGCACGCACCGUAUUACUCCGCGGAUCAGCUGUUAGAGUCAGACAGAGCUAAGGCACAACACAUCGCCCAGCAAGAGGCCGAGAAAAGACCUGUCGAUGACCUUCCACUGCAGUUGUCUCUGUCUACGCCAUGUCAUUCAGUCAUGUCGUGUGGAGACAGAGACAUUUUAGUGACGUAGGAACACGGUGCUUCAACGUUUGAGAAAAUGUAGUUCCAAAGGAAAUGGCUGUUUGACGGCAGAUAAAGUGAAAAUAUUCAAAUUAAAACGAAAACUUUUUCUUCUGUGGGUAUUUUUUUAAAAGUGUUUAAAACAGGUUUUUGUGGAUGACCUCGUCCACAGCCGCUCAUCACUCGACUCCUGCUGCUUCUCUGACCUGAAUCUGCUGCAGGCAACACACCGACUGACAACCUCACGUCUGAUAACCCAAACUGUCCCUUUAACGACGAGGUAAAGCAGUAAUUAAAGUGCUCCUGAGAGGCUGUGCCUGAUUUUAACAUUUGAACAUGCACCUUCACCUUCACAGUCUCUGUACGUCAGACAGGAAGGAGUGAUGUGGUUUAGUUCUGUGAAGUGAAGACGUCCACAGGCUGAUCGACCCCGGCGAUCACCAUGAUUUAGUCAGAGAUAUUAUAUGAGAACUGCAUCACACCGAGCUGUUAAACUGAACAACGGAGGAAACAACAACCUCAGACGCUACGCAGCGUUCCACGGAAAACCUUUCAACUCCUACUUAGAUCAAAUUUGAUGUGCAGGAGUGAUUUUUUGGUUUUGUAACCUGUGCACGUGAAAAGCCUUUCACUUUCAAGUUUUGAAUUCAUGGCUGUUAAUUUGACAAAGAAGGUCCUUUUGCUUUUAUCUUCAAAAAGAUUCAAGUUCUUCAUCGUGCAGCAGGAGAACUUCACAGAGUUCAGCGCACCUGAGAAGAAGAGAAUUACCUGUAUGUUUACUGGCUGCUGAGUGGACUUUUAUCACAGUGAUGUUAUUUAUCAUUUUAUGUGAACAGUAGACGAGGGGCAGGGUGGAUCAGCUGUUAUCUGCCAACACCGAGUCUGCACUUCUUUUUUGUUGAUGUUCAAAUGUACAGGACUAUAAACUGAGAGCAGCAUUAAAACCUUUUGUACAACAAUAUCCAUGCCAAGCUAGAUGGUUGUGUUCUUUAAGUGCAGUAUUUAUUCAAAGACUUGACUGUACCACCCAAACUCCUGUGUGUUGGCUGUGAAUGUGUGUCGGUGUGAGCAGCCAACGAAAGAAUAAAGAGAAGACUGAC